CACCCUAUCUUUCCCGAGCUCCCGGGAAGCUGCACCUGUGCCCAGACAGCAAUCCUGGACCCCAGUUUCCUGCCGAAGGGCCUCUCUCCUCUUCUCAGGCUUUCUUGGGGCUCAGGAUGCAGAGGUGGGAGCUGCAGGCUGUGGUCUCCCUUACCCUCCUGUCUGCAGAGGCCUUCCCACAAACGGACAUCGGCAUCAGCCCAGCACUGCCAGCCUCCCUCCCAGUCCGCUCCCUGUGCCCCCUGUUCUGGAUGGAGUUCAAAGACCACUGCUAUAGAUUCAUCCCUCUCAAUAAGACCUGGGCUGAGGCAGAUCUCCACUGUUCCCAGUUCUCCCUCAGCAGCAAGUCCUCCAAACUGGCCUUCAUCCACAGCUGGGAGGAGAAUGUCUUUGUGUAUCACCUUGUAAACAGCUGGGUUCUUGGGAUCCCAGCUGACAUCUGGAUGGGGCUUCAAGAUCAUAGACAGGAAGGGCAGUUUGAAUGGACCGACGGCUCCUUCUACGACUACAGCUACUGGGAUGGGAACCAGCCAGAUGACAGCAUCCAAACAGACCCAGAAGAGGAGGACUGCAUGCAAAUCUGGUACCGGCCCAACAGCACUCUGAGGUCAUGGAAUGAUAAUGCCUGCAGCCAGGAGUUGCCCUUUGUCUGCAAGAUUCCAUCCCUGCCCAUCUGCUGA